CGCCGUUUUCUCAUUUGUUUUUCUUGCUUCUGAUGAUGAUAAAAAAAUCUAAAUUCUGGAAAAAAGAUAAUUUGUUUAUUCAAAAUAAUUUUUAAUAAUGGAAGGAUUUGAAUAAUUCGAUGAAAGCGUUUCUGCCUUUACAAUGCAAUGUAUAAUUUCGAAUCAGAAUUUGAGAAUUUUAGUUCGAGGGUUACAUUCCCUUUCCCGAAUCGGAGACGAGUUGUAUGUGGAGCCUACAAAAGAUGGAAUGAGCUUUAGGACUGUAAAUGCAGCUCAAUCGGCGUAUUCUUCAUUAUUCUUCAAUCUAUCAUUCUUCAGCCGGUAUAAGUGUGAUUUUCAAACUGACGAAGCUGGAACAUGCAAGAUAUCUAUGAGGGCUUGUUUGAGGGUGUUUAAAACACCGAAUUGUAUGGAUCGCCAUGUGGAAUCGUGUAAAAUAGAGAUCGAAGAGGAAUGUUUGAAACUAAUUUUUAAAAUUCAGUACACUCAGGGAUAUACAAAAACUCAUUUAUUAUCAGUGAAUGAUAAUGAAACCGUUCAACUCAAAUAUAAUAAAAAUGAAAUGAAGAACGAAGUAAGCAUAUUACCGAGAACGUUGCAUAAGUCAGUAAAAUACUUUGGACCAAAAGAUGAAGAAAUUACUUUUGAUGUUACUGAAGACCAAGUUUAUCUGAAAAACUAUUUCGACAAUACUGAAGUUGAAAACCAGAAAGUUGUAAGGACAAAGCUCAGUCUUCACCGUUCUGAAUUUGAAACGUAUAACGUUACUCAACCAAAUUCCAUUACAUUUGCAUUACGAGAAUUAAGAGCAGUAUGCGCAUUCUCCGAGUCUUCAAAUUCAGUGAUUUGUAUGCAUUUCGAAAAGUGCGGCAAACCCGUAAUAUUCAACGUAGACAAUCCCCUUUAUCAAGCAGAUUACGUGGUGUCCACUCUUCCUCCAGAAAUCAUAUCCGGUGAACGGCCUUAUAGAAGAAGCCAACUGUCAGAUAUUGCAUCCUCCAUGCCAUCCAACAGUGUAGUUAAUUCUACGCGAAAACGUCGAUUAGCACCAGUUACUGAAGAAAAUCCAGAACCGAUUGCUUCUUUACCUACUGAAUCAAGCGCAGAACAAAAUCCAACUGUACACGUUGUGCAAGCCGAAGUUCAUCAAGCACAAAGCUGCGCCUCUAUCGUUCAAAAAAAUCGCAGCCAAAAUAAUCAGCAAUCGAGUCAAAAUAAUGCAACCAAUAUAGCUCCUACGCAACGUAAUAGCCAAAUUAAUUCACCAAAUGUGUCUCCAACCCAGCGUUACAGCGAAAAUAAUACAUCUAAUUUUACUGAAGUUCAACGUAACAGCCAAAAUAAUUCAUUCAGUGCAACUCAAAUCCGUACCAGCCAAAAUAAUUCCACCUAUGUAACCCAAGCUCGAACUCGAAGUAAUAGCCAGAAUAAUGUUAUAUGUGAUACUCUGGUCGAGCGGAAUAGUCAAAAUAACUCUAUAAACGUUGCUGAAAUACAGUCCAAUAGUCGGAAUAAUCAAUCCAGCGUUGUUCAAGUACAACAUCGUAGUCAAAAUAAUACAACUAAUGCUGCUCAAGUUUCAAGUAGAUGCUCUUUUGGGACAAGCAAUGAAUCGGAUACAAAUUUAGACGAGUUAAUGAUGAGAAUUGAUAUGAACAGUGAAUAUUUUCAAAAUACGAAUCAGAAAACAGUAACUGAUUAUUCGACUGGUGUUGAUGAAUCGCAUUUACAGAAAAUAGAGACUGUGUUUCAGUAUUGCUUUAAUUUUCCUCUUUCGCAUCGUAUAGAAGAGUGUGAAAUUCUUCGCGAAGAAGAUGAUUAGAGUGAGUUAUUUUCAUGGUACUAUCUUCUGUUGGCGUGUUUUAUGUUUGAAUUGUUUUGUAUUAAAAAUACCUACCGUUAUUGAA